GUUUGUGAGAUGGCUGCUGAUAUUUCUGAAUCCGGUGGGCAUGAUUGCAAAGGAGAGCCGAGGGGCAAUACCAAGUUAGAUGCAGACUACCCACUUCGAGUCCUCUACUGUGGAGUCUGCUCAUUACCCACUCAGUACUGUGAAUAUAUGCCUGAUGUCGCUAAAUGUCGACAGUGGUUAGAGAAGAAUUUUCCAAAUGAGUUUGCAAAACUUACUGUAGAAAAUUCGCCCAAACAAGAGUCUGGAAUUAGUGAGGGUCAAGGCACAGCAGGGGAAGAAGAAGAGAGAAAACAAAAGCAGAAGAGAGGUGGAAGGGGUCAAAUAAAGCAAAAAAAGAAGACUGUACCACAAAAGGUUACGAUAGCCAAAAUUCCCAGAGCAAAGAAGAAUGUAACGAGAGUAUGUGGCCUUGCAACUUUUGAAAUUGAUCUAAAAGAAGCACAAAGAUUUUUUGCUCAAAAAUUCUCCUGUGGUGCCUCAGUGACAGGAGAGGAUGAAAUCAUCAUUCAGGGAGACUUUACAGAUGACAUAAUUGAUGUCAUUCAGGAAAAAUGGCCAGAGGUGGAUGAUGAUAGCAUCGAAGAUCUUGGAGAAGUAAAGAAGUGAUUUUGAAAAUUUGUCUCUAUUUAAUGAUUUGAACUGAGAGUUGAUAUGGCCAAAGGGAGAGAGGCCUUUUAAAAAUAUAUAUAUUUAUCCUACAGUAAAACUGUAGACUACCCUCACCCUUGGCAUUUUCACUGUUCUGUAUAAGGCUGCUUGUUUUUUUAUUGCCAAAGUCUAAUAAACAGGGGAGACUGUCAUGCUUAUGCAUGAAAUAGAAUUUAGUCAAAUAAAAAUUUUUGGUCAUUUGGUACUGA